AUGUCAGAAGAGUUAGAUGCUAGAAGGAGAGAGUUAUUGGAUCUUAAUACCAGAGCCUGGGAUGGUGAAGAUGUUUUUAAAACUAGUCCUAAACUAGACUCGUCUUUGAAAAAAAACACAACCUUCAUAAAAAAAAUUAGAACUAUCAGCAGUGAUCAAUAUCAAAACAUAUUAAAAGACAUUACUACUGUUUCCUUAGAAAAGUAUUUAUCUGAAAUAAUUCUGUCCAUUAGUGCAGGGUUACUUAAAGUCAGUAAAGGUGAUGACAUUUUGGCAGCGAUGGAAGUUGUAUCUGCCUUGCAUCAAAGGUUUUCUACGAGUUUCACGCCAUACUUAUUCGCCAAUUUUUUAAAUGGAUUAGCUAGUCCUACUAGACAGCCCGUUAAUGAGCAGGAAAAAGAAAAAGAAGACCAAUUAAGGAUAGCAAGGCAAAAAAAUUUAAUUAAGCUUUUGAUGGAAUUUUAUCUAAUUGGUAUUUUCAAAACUGUUAAAGAUUGUGAUCGUGAAAAUUUGCCUGAUUUCAUAAUCAAGAAGUAUUCUAAAGCCCAAAAUGAACCCAUUGUGAUCUUGGUUUUGAAAGAUAUAUUGAAUUUCGAAAUUAAACUGGGAAAUUCGUUGCCAAUUUCCCAAGUUUUUUUAAAGCGCUUCAGUCACUUAAUUUAUGAUAAGGAAAAUUGUUUACUUUCUUUUGAAACUAGGAAUAUAUUACAACAGAUCUUUAAAAUAUAUACGCUGGCAAUACUAGAAAUAUUGGUGCAAUUAAAUACGAAAUUAGGGAAACUCACUGAGCGCAACAAAAAGGCUUCCAUUAGAACAGGUAAGAUCUUAGAGGAAAAUAUCACAGAUAUAAACUAUGUUACAACAUUAUUCGAUAAAUUUAAAAAUGCCAGUGAAUUCUUGUGCGGAAUCUUGAAUAUGGACGUGCCUGAAUUGCCAAACAAUCAACCAGAGGAAGAAGAAAGUGUAGUAACAGGAUUGGUGAAAAAUAAAUCUUUGAAUGAAGAUGACCUAGAAAUAUGGGAUAAUAUUAAGGAAAGAAAUUUUUACACAAAAAUUCCUGAUAUUUCUGAUUUAACAUCUGAUAAACCUGAAAACGUUUCUGAAAUUUCAAGCGGUGAAAAGAUAAAUGAAUUUAUUACAAAAUUGGAGAAGGUUUCAAACGAACAAGAAAUUGACGCGUUAGUAUCUGAAUUUGUAAAUUUAGAGUUGAAUAAUAAAGCUACAAGAAACAGAAUAAUGAAAUUUUUCAUUGAGACUCCAAAUAUUAACAAUUUAAGAUUUUAUUCACGUUUCUUGAAAAUCAACGAAUCCAUCUUAAAAACAUUAAUUGAUGAAUUAAUUACAUAUUUAGAUAAAGGUUUCCGUUCCCAAAUUUAUAACAAUAAGUUGAAUUUUAAAAACAUUUUCUUUUUUUGUGAACUAAUUAAAUUCAAGUUAAUUCCAACCCAUGUCAUUUUUCACAAGAUAAGAAGUUUAACAGUCAAUAUUUCAUCCACGAACAAUAUUGAUAUUUUGUCUGUGUUUUACGAACAAUGUGGCAGAUUUUUAUUGAAUGAUCCAGAUUACAGAACGCUAAUGAACGAGAUGAUAGAGUUAUUGAAACAAAAGCUGAAAAAUGAUAAGCUUACGGCUAACGACAAAUUAGCUAUUAAUAAUUUAUUAAUUGUUGUAAUACCUCCAACGACAAAGAUUAACCAAUUACAUAAUGAGAAGCCAAAAUUGACCCCACAGCAACAGUUUAUUAUUAGGCUUAUCAGAUACGAAUUGAAUUCCAAGACUUUUACACUUGUCUUGCGAUCUUUGAAGAAGUUUGAUUAUGUCAAUGAUGAAGAGCUUCAGGCAGCAUUGCUAGAUGUUUUUGCAUCCCCGGAUUUACUCAACUAUGAAAACAUUGUUGAAUUAAGUAAAUUAUUAGAACAAUUGUCAAAGAAAUAUAAAUCAUUACUAAUUAAAACCGUGGAUACGAUCGUGGAAAAAAUAAUGAGAGGAUUAGAGCUUAAUGAUUACAGACUAAAUCGAACCAGAAUAUCACACGUUAAAUUUAUAAGUGAAUUAUAUAAUUUGAAAUUGUUAAAUUUCAAGUUUAUCAUUGAUCUAUUGUACAAAAUUCUAUGCUUGGGACACCCGAACAACCAACCAUUACCAAAUAAUUAUGAUAUAGAAAUCGACUUGCCUAAUAAUUAUUUUAGAAUCCAAUUGUGUUGCAUGUUAUUGAAUAAUUUGAAUUCAAUUGUGAAAUCAACUAGUACCAAAAAAUCAUCAAAAUUGAAGUCAGUUAAGCGUAAAAAUGAAGUGAAUGAAGAUUUAUUGACAAUAUUCCUAACCUUCUUUCAAUUUUAUUGCUUUUGUAAGCAACAGCCUAUUCCAAUCGAAAUUGAAUUCCAGUUAAAUGAUCUCUUUACUAAAUACUAUCCUAAUUUACAAAUGGAGAGAUUCCGGGAUUUAACAGAAUCCAUACACAAAUUACAAGAAAUCAUUCAACAAAAAGGAUUUCAACAAGCUGAGGAAUACGACGACUACGAGGACGAAGAUGAUGAUGAUGACGAAGAAGUGGAUGAUGAUGAUGAUGACGAGCUAGAUAUAGAUGAAGAUGAUGAUAGUGACGAUGAUAGUGAAAAUGAUGAAGAUGAUGAUGAAGAUGAAGAUGAUGAUGACGACGAUGAAGAAGACGAUGAGGAGGAUGAAGAAAUAGAGAGAGUGGUACAAUUUUCAGAAGAAGAUAAGAAAUUUGCUGACGACUUGGAUAAAGAGUUCCAAAAAAUUGUCCUUGAUUCUUAUGAAUAUAAUAAGGCCAAUGCAUCUUCAAGGAAUAAAUUUAAUGUUCCGUUACCACCUAAAAUAAACGCAUCGCAAGGAUCGAAUGAAAAUAAAAUUUCAUUUAGCUUGUUAACGAAACAGGGUAAAAGGAAUAAUGUAAAGCAGGUUAAUUUACCAACGGAUACCAAGUUUGCGGAAUCAUUACUAAAGGAACAGGCCAAUCAAAAAACACAUAGAGAAAGAAUCAUGAAUCUAGUUUUAAAUAUGGAUAAUUAA